AUGUCGAAUAACACUAGCAAUACUAACAGUGGAUUAGAUAUAACCAAUUUAGAUGAUUUACGUGAUCCAUCGGGGAUUUUCUCUUUAAUUGAAGUUGUCGGUAAAGGAACUUACGGGAAUGUCUACAAGGGAAGGUAUACGCGUACUGGUCAACUGGCUGCAAUCAAAGUUAUGCCGAUUACUGAAGAGGAUGAAGAAGAAAUUAAACUGGAAAUUGAUACUUUGAAAAAACUCUCAAAUCAUCGAAAUAUUGCCAGCUACUAUGGUGCAUUUAUUAAGAAAUCUUCUCCUCGAGAUCAUUUAUGGGUAAGAAAGUUUAUUAUUGAAUUGAAUUGA